AUGAGUGAUUUUCAUGCAAGAAACUAUCAGAUAGUAUUUGAAGAGGCAAUAAAAUGUGCCCAGUUUCGAAUAGUUUUUCAAAGCUUUUUAGAAAGACAUCAUAAUCAAGAAUCUAUUCUAUUUAUUAACAAGGUGAUUGAAUAUACUGAAGAAUAUAAGAAAGUUGUUGGUCUUCCUUUCGAAUACGAAACAUUCUCGUUAAUGUUGAGAGGAAACAAUCAUCAAGCUGACAUUCGUAUUUCUUCAGCAUCAUCAAAUAGACGAAAUACAUUAAAACUUUCUAGAAGAAGCUUGCAGAAUUUACACGACAAGAUGAAUUCUAUUGUCGAAACCUUUCUUAGAAAUGAUGGAGAAAGUGAACUAAACAUUGGUCCACUUCAAAAGUCAUCUAUAGAACUCUGGCAACAAACAAGUCAAAAAUUAAGUAGGGAAGAACAAGAUGAUGCAUGUAGUGAAGGUUCGUCAGGCUCUAGCUCUUCAAAUUCUUCAUCACUCAGCUAUUCGAAACCAAGUUUAGAAAGUCUAAUUGAGGAAUUUCAUCCUGGGUAUUUAUUAGGAUCUAUUUCAUUGUUAAUUUUGGUAGAUUUGAGUUUGGGACACUUUAUCAAGUUUUCCCGAUCGGAAGAAUUAUUGCACUUCCUUAACAAGAUGGGAAUGAGCUAUACGAGAAAGAUUGGAAUUGACAUUUCGAAAGGAUACAAGGUAGAUUUGAGAUUUAAACCCAAUGAUUUAAAGACACCUGUUAUAACGGAUGAGCAUAUUUAUUUUGGAUUGACAUUAGCUCAGGAUACACCCGACUGGAAGAUUGUUCAUGAGAAGAAGAAUUUGACCGUUAGUACUUCUAGAACAUCGUACGUGUUUAAUUCCAAGCAAAUGAAAGGAUUUAAACUUUGUAAAUUAUCAAUUGAUCUGCCGUAUAGUUUGGAAGAUGUUUGGGGAAUGUGGACCCAUCAGAAGAAUCAUCUCUAUUUCGAACCAAUGUUUUGUAAUAAUUUGAAUUAUCUGAAUUAUAUUGAACCGAAUGAGAGCUUUCAUGGAACAACUUGUCCCUAUGCUGUAAAGAUUAUGACCACGGCUUUUGAUACCAAGAUUCCACUCCUAAAGAAGAGAUAUGUGGAGACAGUUACAACAUGUGUAAAAGAUAGUGCAAUCGAUCUUUACAUGUUUGUUUUACAUACAGCUGAUCUUCCUAGUGGAGUUGCAACAAUGCCGUCCAAUUCUUUAGCAAUUGAAGGAUUGUGUUAUUAUAUAAUGAUGAGAGUGAAUGAGAAGACGACGAGAUUUUUGAAUAUAAUGUACUCUGAUUUUCAAUUACCUUUGCAAAAUAUGACCAUUGGGCAAGUAUUUAAACAGAGAGGUAAAACCAUGUUGAAUGGAUUGAAUUCAAUAUUACACAAAUUGACUGAUGGAAGGAAGAAUCCUGUUGAUACCUUAGAAAAUGAAGAUACAGCUGAAGCUCAACGUUGUGUUGAUGAUAACAUGAAAUCUUUCCCAGAUAGAUCUUGGUAUAUGGAAUGGAAGGGGUUGCAAAAGAAAUAA